AAGAACCCAUGGAAGUGCCCGCACUGCGAGUUCGUCCAGGCCUCGCGGCGCUCCCCGGACCUCAAGCGGCACAUUGCGACGCACUCGCAGCCCAAGAAGCCGUGGACGUGCCGCGGGGUGCCGGUGCGCUUCGCCGACGACCUGCAGUACGUGCGCAGGCCGGUCCCGGCCGCGGAGUUGCGCCGCGCGAGGGGUGGGAUGGUGGGCGGGUGCGGGAUGGUGUUCUCGAGGAAGGACGCGUUGACGCGGCAUUUGAAGAAGUCGGGGUGCGUGGGGGUCAAGGCGGUCGAGGAGUGGCAUCAGGAUCAGCGCGAGGAGGAGUAG